UCGUACAUACACACGGUUUAACGGACAGGUUUUGUACCGAUAGACCGUGAACAAACACGGACAAACAGACCGUGAGACACACGGCCUCCUCCGCCAGCAUGUGUGAGAGCAGAGCGGUCAGGAGCGGGAAGGUUUACCGGCAGCUGUUUGACGCUCAGGUUCAACUGUCUCGGUCACUGCUGGCUGGACGGAGGGACACAAGGACAGUUUGUCUGUCUGCUGACAGCAACACACAUUCCAGCACUAUAAGCAGAUUGUUGUCGUCCUCCAGCAGGGGGCAGCAGGUGGAUAAUCAUGAAGUUGAUGACGUUAGCCAACUUCCUACCACUCUGGCAGCCCAUUGUCCAAGCUCUGACAUCAUGACACGUCUGACAGAGAAAAGGUGUAAAAAUCAUACAGAAUCUCUCAGACGACUGGAUGCUGAACUGACAAAACUCGCCGAGGUGUGUGAGACUCAAGUGAGGACCUUUAGUGAGGAGCUGCUGUCCUUUCUGAAGGAGGUGGACCUGCGGUUGGACACAUUGAAGGACAGAAUGGAACAGGUUGAACACCUAGAUGAUGUCACUCUGCAGGACCUGUGUGGUCUCUGGGCGCAGGUGGAGAAGGAGAUGAAACUGAAGAAGACGCGAGUCGUGGAGAUGAACCUUAAACUGAGCGACUGUGAGACGCAAAGAACCAAUGAGAUAAGAGCUGUGCUCAGGAAGUAUUGCCAGCUGCUGGAGAAGAUCAGCUUCCUGCUGCCACCUGACAUCCACAGACUGAUCCACACUGAGGCCAUGUUAUUGAAUCAGUCUCUGCUGGCAAACCGUCGCAACCUGGCCCAUCUGCUGCUGGUCCUCAAGGAGGAAAUCCUGCAGCAGGAGUCACUCCUCCGUCUGUGCUGGGAGGACUUUCUGAGCCGCUGGAGAAGGAGCAGGGUCACUGAGGUCAUAGAACACUUCAGGAGUCUCUGCAGCAGUGAUGAGGAUCAGCAGCUGAUCUCAGUUCAGCAGAUAAAUCAAACUCAGCCAGAUCUGACUGAACAACGUUGUGACCUCAUCUCCAGGAUCAGCUCCCUGGUCCCACCCACCUGCUCAACCGCUCUGGUAUCUGAUUGGUUCAACCAGCUGGCUGCUGUGAAUCAACAGAUUGACAGUCUUCAUGCAGAAUUCCUUCAUCAGCUGAGACUGUGCUAUGAACAGAAGUGGCAGCAGCGACUGACUGAGGUGGAGCACUGUAAGGAGGCGCUCUCAGCUCUGCAGCUGUCAGAAGUGGAGGUGAAUGAUAUUGUCAGCCUGCAGCUGCUGCCUCUGAUUGGACGACUCCAGAAUCAGGAUGAAGAGCGAUUGGCUGCUUUAGACGAGUGCUGUGACUCUGUGGCACGUCAUGCUCUCAGUCUCAGCCGCAGCGUGUUUGUUGUGAUGCGAGGAGCAGCGCUACUAUGGGAGACCCACAAUCGUAGGUUAGAGACAAGAGAAGAGGAAUUACAGCAACAUUUGAAUGACCUCCGGCUCUCACAGCUGGAACAAAUACAGGGUAAGAAAAUGCGACUGGAUGACCUGCUGGCUGGACUCCGUGAGCAGAGCAGUGAGGACACUCUAAAAACUUCUCUGGAGAAAACUGUCCUCUACCUGCAGGAGAUCAAAGACAGCUAUAGUCAGUGUAUCUCUGAGCAGUGGGAGGUGUUGGAUCGUCUCCCAUCUCUCUUUCUCGACGAGCUUCUCUCCUACAGCAGCAGCCUGAGCUCUUUCUACCACCUGGGACACACCUACACACUGGGUCCAGAUGAACUGCAGAAGUUUCACCUAUCAACUAUGGAAUCCACUAGCCUGACGAUCAGUGAGAAACCUGAAACAGAGAAACCAGAGGAGAUGACGCAUAAUCAUCCAAUCAGCUGUCAAAAUGACGUUGACCCCGCCAAGCCUCCUCAUGAUUGGCUGACUGAGGCAGAAUCCUCUCUACUGGAUCUCUAUGACAUCAGCAACUACAUCACAUUUACGUCAUCAAGCAGUGUGACUUACACUGGCCCCGCCUUCAGAUGCCCCAUCCCAAACCUGCAGGAAAAUCUGAAAAAGGAAACACAUCUGAGCCUGUUUCCUUUGGAGCUGCUUUCACACACACUAAGCAUGACUCGGACUCUUUUCUUGGACAAACUUGAGCAGCACUUCCAUGGUGUCCUCGAGUCAACUGUUGCUAUGGUAACAGACAAGAAGGAGGCGGUAUGUUUGGACCAAGAGCUUCAACUGCAGCUGCUGAACCCCCAAUACAUCGAGACCCACUUAUAUCAACCUCGCCUGGAUGAGCUGCUGCUUCAUCGCCAAUGUGUGGAGGUCCAUUGUGGGGAGGUGUUGGAUGUGUUGACCUCCUGCAGGAUGGAGUUGCGGGAGCUGCAGGCCUCCAUCAGCAGUCACAACAGCAAGAUCACCGUCACCUUGUCCAAUAUGGAGGACAACAUCCUGAGUGCCAACAGCAACCAACAGCUGGAGGCUUUGGGCUCCACCCUGCAGGACUGUGUGAAUCAACACAUCAAACACACCCAGAGCUGUCAGACUGCCUUCAGAAAGACAGUCCACAUCAGACUGGAGGAAGUCAGAAACAAAACAACAGGACUCCUGAGCUCAUUUAGGUUGUUCAGUGAAGGAGGUGAGUUUGCUCCUCAGGAGUUGAAGAUGUUACAGAAGAGGCUGAAGGAGGAAACCAAGCACAUCACUGCCACUGAGCAGUCCAUCUUCUCUGAGCUGGAGGUGUUUGAGUCCAAGAGUUUACAGCAGGUCAAGAAAAUGUCUGAUCAAAUUGAGGAGAAACUUUCUCUGCGGAUGUCUGAGGUGAAAUUCAUCGAGAAGAUCGACAAAAUUAUCAACAGCACACGAAUUCAGAUCAGAGCUGAGGCCGCCUGCAGUAACCAGCAUCAGUCAACAAUCAACAGCAGGUUGGAGGACAUGAGGAGGAGUAUGGAGGACGCACAGGUGUCUCCAGAUCAGGUGUGUUGUAUUGUGUCUUCAAUUGGUGAAGACCUGAGGAGGCGCUCUCAGUAUCUAAUAUUUGAACAGGAAGACCUCACUCUGUCAGCCUCACCAAUGUCCAGGAAGCGCAACCAAUCUGCUCCACCUGGUCUACUGCAGCCCAGCAAAGCAGGUGUAACUGUCCUGGAUGACCCAGCUACAGACAUCAUUAAGUUCCUGAACAGGUUGUCUUUGGUCCAGGAGGAGGCAGCCGCAGAGGACAGAGACAGAACAGGUUUGAGUUCUGUGCAACAUAUUCAUCAAAGAUGUACUGAGUCUGUCAGUGCACGCAGGGGCUGCAGAUCCAUAAGGACUGACCAAAGGUUCCAAAUCUUUGGACCAGAACCAGAACAGGAGCCACAGUCUUUCAUGUCCACAGUGAAGUCUAUUCUAUGGAAAACUAACAAUGUCCUCCUGGUGGCUGCAGAAGACUUUUACCAGAGUGAACGUCACGGCAGGUUUCAGCUGCUUCCUGAGAUUUUGGAUCAAUGGGCUGAGAGCAUGCAGCAAAGGCUGCUGGGAUACCAGAAACAGGCCAUGAAGCUAAUGGACACAAGCAGAAAAGCCUUGGCCAACCAGCAAUCUCUGUUCAGGGACUUGCUGCAUUCGUUACCCUCUGUUUUAAUCAGCAACUAUGAGCAACAACAGGAGGUGGGGUUUGUAGAGAUGGUGGAUGGACUCAGAAAGAAGCAGGAGGAGUGUCUGGCAGCCAGUGAGCAGGACAAGAAGUUGAACGUCCAGCGGCUGCGAGUGUCUCUUAGAGAAAAUGAGCUGCAACUGGUUGUGAGCAAAGAGGAGGCCAGACAGCAGCAGCUGCACGGCACCAUCUGCUGCUUACACAUGGAACUACAGGAGUGUAUGCAGGCCCAAGGAAAGGAGUUUAUAACUUCACUAGCCUCUCUGACAGAGAAACUGCUCUCUCUGCUGGACGACCUUCUCACACCUGCAGAAACCAAGCUAGUGUCACACCAACACUCAGACAGCACCGUUACCAUGGAGACAGCACCUAAACCAGAAGAAACACCAGGCACAGGAAACAGGACCUGGCCUGGUAUACCAUACCUGUCGCCCUAUAGCAGCACUGAGCCAGCAACCACACCAUCCAUCACCACAACCAGAUGCACCAUGGGACAUGUGACUGUCAUAGAGCAGAGAGACGCUGCUGUGAAGCGGUUUGAACAGCUGUUCAGAUCGGAGAUGCUGCGUUCAGAUGUCAACAAACAAAAACAACUGAGUGAAAUAGAGACGUGGAACGAACACUGGAGACAACAAAUAAACACACUGAAGCAUAUCAACACGCUAACACACACUGACACCCAUGCAUCAGUACACUGAUACACACACACACACACACAAACAUCAACACAUAUCAAAAUAACAGACACACUGGCACACAUUCCUUUAAGUUGUAGCUAAAAGAGGGAGGGGCUAAAGAAGAAGGCAUGAGUUAAAGGAGGAGGAUCUUCAGUUGAAGAAUGAUGUGAAAAAGGUGAGAAUAUUAUAUAAGUUCUCCUGAUGUUCAACUGUUUUGCUGAGGGAUAAUUAUAAGAGUUAUAAGGCACGGACACAUAAACAAAAGGCUCACUGAAUAAAAUCCACACCUGCUUAAGUUAA